GGCGCUUUCAGAAGCUCUGCAACCAUCAAAUCCUUUUGUAAUGGACAGUCCUCUGGUUAAGUCUCCUUCAUUUCAAAAGCAAGGUAUUGUUGCAUGUGUUCUCACAUUGUUAAAGUGCGCUAACCCCAAAUAUAAUUUUUUGGUAUUUGUAAUAUUUGGGUCAUUCUAAGAAGAAAUGUAAGGUAUCUUUAUAGUAAAAAACCUCAUCUUGAUCAACUUUUUCACUGUCAAAGUUUCCGGAUAUUAUGUCAUUUGGUGAAUUUUUGGUACAAAAAACAAAGGAAAAGUAAUUCAAUUUGACAUCAUAUCCGCAAACUUUGACAGUGAAAAAGUUGAUCAAGAUGGGAUUUUUUAUUAUAAAGAUAUAUUACAUUUCCUCUUCGAAUGACCCAAAUAUUACACAUACGAAAAAUCAUAUUUGGGGUUAGUCACACUUUAAGUCAAAUGAGAAUGAGAGUUGGACUCUAGCAAUAAUCCAGACAGGUUUCCAGUCGAUAUAUUAGGACGUUAGCUUUUCAGGGCCUGGGGUUGGCCUGGGGCUUGAAACAAGUUGCUUUCUUGGGCCUACAUCCAGCCACGCUUUCUAGCAGAGGGAUAAAGCCUGGUAACCAGGCUGGCAAUAAUAAUUCUACAUUUUCUUCAAGAUAUAUUGAACUCUGCUCUGGAACAAGAGGAAUACCUCAGAAAGACUGUGGAAAGUCUACAGAAGGUACUUGAAGAUGUGCUAAAGGAUUGACAAAUGUUUCUUUCUUUUAAUACAAAGUUCUUACAACUCGUUCUCUUAGGAAUUGGAACAGUUGAUGUCGAUCAUGAACGUACUGGAUGCUCCCAUUCAAGCGACAACACAGGUAAACACCCUGAGCCUGGUGUCCGCCGGAUAGCGAUGUUUUCAAGCUUCCUAAAAUAAGCUGUUGAUUGGUAUAACCCAGAUUAAACUUUAGUAUUUAUAAAUUAAAGUUUAUUUUUAUUAGGUCCAUGUCCGAAGUUUUAUAAUUUUUCAAGCAUUUUACAACGGUUGAAAAAAUCAUCAUCCGCUGGAUAUAGCGCUAUCCUGCUUUCAUACAACCUGUACCUGGAGUCUUGCAGUCAGCAUACAGCAGAUGGUGGUCAGCGUCAGAGAUGUUAUGUUUUAGAUGUUUAAGAUGUUGCUCUGAGUGUAUAUCCACCCUGGGCAGGCUGAAAAGCUAGCCUGACCUAGUAGUCCAAUGCUCUGCCAACUGAGCUAUACCGAGCCAGUGUGGAUAUACACUCGGAGUAUAUCCACAUCCAUAUUGGGGUACUAGUCCAAUGCUCUGAGCAACUGAGCCAAUGUGGAUAUACACUCAGAGUAACAUCAAAAACAUUAUAUUCACACUUCGAGAUGUUGACACUUCUUUUUCAUCGCUGAACUGAAGUAGCAAUGUUCUUUUGUAAUUUGUCUUGCAGAUGAGAAAAGUGGAUGAAAUAGUGAAGACGUUGGACGAACAGAUUAAAACUGGCUUGCUUGCUUGGACAAUGUAAGAAAAACUGAGUUAUUUCUUAUAAACUAACUUUAUUCUCGAGUCAGUUCUUAUAAUUAUCUGUACAAGUCCAGUAAGAACCAUCCCUUAUUGGUGUAGUGUUACUACAAGAGGAAACCACGGAGUAAACUUGUAGUGUUUUGUGGCACCUGGAAGUGCUCCUCUCACUUGCAACUGAGGCGAAAUUAUAAUCACUUGUAAUAUUUGCCAAUUAGUCUUCUAUUUAUCGGUUUUGGUGUUUCCACAAACGAAAACUGAUAUAGUUCGCCAUGCAAAACUACAAGGGAACUUAUUAACGUUCUACUAUUUCCUGAUUUUCACCUAACUAUAGGAAGUCAGUGGUAGCAAUGAACUACACACCUGGUCCAGUGAGUCCCAAUGAAACCACGCCUCCGAGAAAACUUAGUGUAAACUCCUUAAGCUCAAUUCCAGAGCAGAACGGAGGUACUGCUGACGUCACUAGUCGUCAUGGUAACGCAAGUAAUGACGUAACUAAGCACGUGACUGGCAGUUCUUCAGUACAGACUGGAGGGGGCAGUAGUGCUACAUCGCAACCGACUCAUAUUUCACGUGGCGAUCAUGCAGUUGCUAAUCAUACAUCUGGACAAGGUAAUGUUGCAUGAACAAUUUAAACAUCAUUAUUAAUAAAUUAUAGUAGUUUAAUGCUGUAGACCCUUCUGGAGAGUAUGUCACUUUAGCUAUAGAUCACUAACUUCCCUACAAAAGGCCUUAUGGCACUCGAAUUGUCGACGUUCUCCUUGUAUUUUUCAGGUAGUUGCAUCGCUAUCAGUCCGAAGCUUUCUUUUUAGCUAUAGGUCCUCGUUUUUGUGAUUGAGACGCUUGGGUUUAGUUAAUAUCUAUAGCCAGACUCAACUACUUUCCGGGAGGGUGUAUUGCUUUUUUCCACCACAGGAUAAUUUGCGGUGUAGAAAUGAACCCUUUUCACCAUAUUUAUUUUCUCGAAUCGUACUGUACCACUCAGAAAUAACUUGACAAAACCCCUUUAAUCUCAGUCUAGCCGCCACACAUGCAAUCGAAUGGCAACCGAAAUAUUAAAUCACUGUGCAAUACUAUACUAACAUUACGACUUUUCUAACUUUUCUUGUUCCAUUUCCAGAAGCACCUUCAGAAAUAACGACCACGUUGCAUCAAAAUUCCGACCCCCCACUCAAAAUCCCGACCCCGACUCGAGCUGCCGACCCCCCAGUCGUAACACCUCUUUCACCCCCCGUAACUGCAGUUGGAGUCCCCUCUGCUUUGUCCUCACCAGGUUCAGUUAUUCCGCCUCCCCCACCCCCUGGAAUGGGUAUACCACCACCACCACCUCCUCCAGGAGGAGGCGCCCCUCCACCACCCCCGUUUGGUUUAGGUCCGGCCGCAACGUUUCCUCCUAAACCUCUGGUGAAACCAAACGUGAAAGUUCGACCUUUCUUUUGGACAAAAGUCCCAAAUAACCUGGUAAGAAAAUAACUACAUUCAAGCUCGUUUUGAAGAGGAAACUUAGACGCAUUGCCUUUAUUUAAAAUCUGACAUGACCCAUUUUCGGCUCUCUCUCAAAGAAAACUUGUCAAUCUUUCAUAUUUUAUUCUCAAAAUAUCUCUUUACAACUCUCUAUAGCUUUUAUCAUCAAUGUGGGGCAAAGCACAGGAUAGAUUGGACGAGUUGGAUGUCAAAAUGAUUGAAGAUUUAUUCCAAGUCGAGGAGAAACCUAAUGCACCUGAUUUAGGUAGUAAUAGUUUAUUUUUUAUUUUGUAGCAGUAGUUGCUGUCUGAAUUACUUGAAUGAGAUCGAGGCUAUGUUUCCACUAUACCGGAUACCUUUCUGUAGCGGCGCGAAAAAGCACCUAUCCGAUACGGAAUGUACAACUUUCAGAAGUUGAGCAAAACAACAUCUCUCCGUUGAAAUAAUUCCUCUGAAAAUAGCGUUCCUAAAAGGUACGGUUAGGUUGUUUUUUUUUUACGUCGCUACGGAAAGCUAUCCACUAAAGUGUAAACGUAGUAGCCUUAAAUCGCUUCAUUGUUCCCGAAAUCAUUUACAAAGUCACUGUAGGAUUAACUAAGAUCGGAAGAUACCGUCUGUAGAAUACUACCUACAUUGAACUUCCACGUUUGAGAUGUUAUUUUCAAGUAGUUCAGUAUCAAGUAUUACUAUAAUCGCGUGCAAAAAUAAUGAGACUUUUCACGUUUUUGGCCAUUUUAAAGUACGUCGGCCUCCCCCCUGCCCCCAUGAUCAAUGUUGGAAAAAGUGGGUUGAAUUUUCUCUUUUUAAUCAUUCACUCAACAUUGAAUUGGGGGUGAGGGGGGCAUUUAUGCGGUUGUCUCAAUAAUUUUUGCUCCUGAUUGUAGUUCCCAUGUCUAUAUUUUUUCUGUUUUUUGUUAGCUCAAAUUGCGAAGAAAAAUGCAUCCAAGAGUUUGCUGGAUAAUAAAAGGGCACAGAAUUUAGGUGAGCACUGAGCAAAGCGUCGAUCGUAUUAGAGUAAAAUUGACAUGAUUUUUUUAUCCGUUUCCGAAAUUUCUCCCUUUCUAGGAAUUUUCUUAAGUGGAUUUAAAUUGAACGCGCAAGAUGUGGACAGGAGAUUGAAUUUCAUUGAUGAAAAUGAUGGUGGACUUCCUUUAGAAAUUGUCAUUUCUCUCAAAAGAUUUCAACCGAGCACAGAGGAAACGGAAAUGUACAAAAACUACAAAGGAGCGAAAGAAGAUCUUCCCAAAACUGACCAUUUUAUGAUCAAGGUACACACGUAAAAACGCACAAGUUGUGACAAACCUGCAGCAGACUUGUAGCAAUGCUGUUCCAACAACUUGUCAUCAGGAUGUGUUCACACUGCUUGUUGACAACUUGCUACAAAGUUGUUUAGCUCAACAGACUUGUUACAAGUUAUUCCAACUUGUUAUCGUCCUGCAAUUCAAUAAUUUGUCAACAAGUUGUGAGUGACAACCUUGUAGCAACUUGAUAAAAAACCCGCAUUGUCACAGCUUGUUGACAAGCUUGCUACAAGCCUGCGAACACAUCUUGUUGACAAGUUGUGAGAUUGUUACGUGUGCAGGUCGGACCUUUCCUUUUUAUCAUACUUCAUCCCAGGUUUGUUGCUUUCCUUGUUUACAAAUUCUUUAUCUUUUCUUUUUUGUUUCAGCUUUGUGAGAUUCCUGACUUGAAUGCUCGCUUAGACUUGUUGUUAUUCAUUCUGGAAUUUCCACUUCAAUAUGAAGAGCUUUUUCCAGUGAGUAACUGAGCCACACUUAUAGAUAAACUAUUUAUACUGGGUAAGGAUCAUCCUUUAUUGAUUCAGUGUUACUACAGGAGGAAACUUAAACUACAGUACACUAAUUACUACUAACUCUUGACGAAGGACCUUCGCUCGAAACGUCCAGUUUCUGCUUGUUUUUUAAGGUAGUAAUAUAACCACUCAGCACAGCAUUUUCACAUUCAUUGGUACUACCUACACUGGUACAGACAGUUUUAGUGUAAUUUUAUUUAUACUGGAUAGCUCUAUCAGUUCCGCGCACGGCGCAACCUCUUGGCGGCCCUGCGAAUACGAGUGCACAAUAGUAAAAUUUUUUAAUAACUUUGCAGGCUGUGUCUUCAGUGUUGCAGACAUGUACAGAAAUUAUCCAUAGUACGAAAUUCCAAACAGUUAUGGAAUAUGUGCUUGCCAUUGGCAACUAUCUCAACGGCGGUACCAGCCGAGGAGGAGCUCACGGUUUUCAAAUUUCAUCACUUCCCAAG